CUAUCGACCUUGCCCAGCCGCUCGGCCCGCUCCGGCUCAACGAGACGCACGAGCCUUCGCGAUGGCCGGCGCCAACGAGACGCACGAGCUCUCGGGGCCACUGCUCAAGGAAGGAGACCGCGGGAUCGCCUGGUACAAGCGUUACUUCGUGCUGAAUCGCCACACCAGCGGCGUCGGCGUCCUUCACUGCUACACGAACAAAUCGGCCUGGGAGGAGCCUGGCGUGAUGCCAGUUGCCUCACUUAACCUCGCGGGCGCAACCGUGUCUAGCACAAAGGGCGAUCGUCCUGGCAAGGUCGUGUUCCGCAUCAACCUUCCACCGCCAUCCAACUCGCAGAAGCGCCGGAAGCUCGUGCUUGGCUUGCCCGAGGAGGCGAGCGAGGCCCUGGAGAUGAACGCGCCUCCGCUGAGCGAGUGGGUGGAGGCGCUAGGCCGAUGCGGAUGCACAAGCGAGCGCGCCGAUGGCGCGAUGGUGCCGUCCUCUGGCCGCCUGCUCACGGCCGCGUCGUCCUUUGCCAUCAAGGAGACGCCUCGAGGUGGCCCCCCGCCCAAGGAGUACACACGCCUCGCAGAGAUUGGCGACGACGGUGACGACAACGAGACCGGCGGCGAGAAGGGCGGCGGAGGCGAGGAGGGUAGCGGAGCCGGCAGCGACAAGGUUCUCGACGAGGAGGCCCCUCUCAGCCGCAGCGGCCCGAUGCCGACCACAGACGCCGGGCCGGCGGCACGCGGCGCCGCCGAUCCGCCCGGCCCAUCGUGGCUCCGGCGGAUCGUGUACACGCUGGUUGCCCUGCUGACGCUGUGGGCCGCCGCCUUUGUCGUCCUCGACGCCGCGCCGGGCGAGGUCCCGGGCGAGGCCGCCUUCAUGGAGGGCACGCGCGCCGUGCCGGGCGCCGUCGGUGGCGCCGCCUCUGGCGGAGUCUCGUGGGUGGAGGCGGAGGCGCGGGAGCUCGACCGGAUGCAGCGAGGGUUCGACCAGGGCUGGGCGGACGGAGAGAAUGCCGGCCGGAUCUGAAGGGGCCGAGCGCCGCAGGGGCCCACACCUAUAUCCAAGAUUAUCCAACUAGAGGAGUCGAGAGCCGAUUUUCGUUGCGGUGUUUGUACCGUACGGUCUCGCGCGUGAAGUGUGUGUGUGUGUCGUCGUCCACCCGCCUGUACAUUACACCUGUUUCAGAUACAGUGCAAAAAGGACUCA